AUGAAGUCGCAGGCCGGAAUUGGCCCCCGGGCCUUGAGUUUGACACCCCUGGUCUACGGUCAGCCGCUGAGGGUUCCAGGGGAUUUCCUCCCUUACGCAUCGGCCCCCUGGUCGGCGACGGCCCAGCGAGCUUUCCUGCAAGACGCCGCUAAGGCCUUUGCUCCGAUCCCCACUGCUCAGCACGGCACUCAGGUGUCCCGGGUUCCCAUGGGGCUUCACUCGGCGGAGCACAUGUUCAUCCGGUACGACGCUCACAGAGACCCCAAGCAGCCCCCUUACGACGGGCCUUUCCGGGUCUUGGAACACGGGGGCAAGCACUUGGUGGUCGACCUGGGUGGCAAGGCCGAGCACGUCUCGGUGGACCGGGUGAAGGCUGCUCACCUGGACUUGGACCAGCCGGUGGUGCUGGCACGGCCUCCGCGACGGGGCCGCCCCCCGGCCUUGACCCCUGUCACCGAAUUGGGGCCUGCGGUUUCCGGUCCCACCUCUCCUGGCGGCCGCCCCUGUAGGGGUCGCCUCCCCGGCUCCCGUUCUCCGGAGUCGUGGUGGUCGGCCUGUCGUUCCUCCCCGCCGCACAGACUUUGUGUAUGGAUGAACAACCACGAUGUGUCUGACUCGCCGCCUGUCUCCACCCCGACUCUAUCUGUGCACUUGGAGAAGUUCCACGGCGGAGGUGGGAAGACAAACGCACCCAGAACCAACACACAGCCAGUGGGCUUGUCAUUGGGAGAGCACACCAUGACUAAAAAAGGCCCAGCUGUGAUUGCCUCUCCAUGCCUGAUGUGGUCUGAUGAUGGCUCACCCCUGGCCCGGAGAUGA